CUGUUAUCAAAAGUAGCAAAUCGUUGAUACUUUUAUACAAAGGCCCGUAGAACUCCGUUGAAAAUGAUUGGAAAAAGCGUUUGCUUUCGCAUAGUGAUAUGCUUUCUGUACGUAAUCGCAAUAUCUUCGACGCUCUCUCAGACGUCUGUACGACGAGGACGGAAUCGAAGGUCGGAUUUGGACACGCGUUUUAUGGACAUUGUGAGGUCAGCUUUCAACUCGCUCGCGACUGACAGAGGUCUCAAAGCAAACAACAAGUUCCAUCGUGCGAUUGACGAGAUCGAACGAGCUCUUGCAAGCACACAGGCCGGAAGAGGAUCCCGAACCUUCAAUCCAAAGGAAGCCAAAGAAUUCAUGAAAAUCUUAGCGCGCACUGCAGAGUCGGGGAACAUCGAGAACUUUAGACAGAUCUUAGGCCGUGCGAUAUUUCAUAACAUGACCGGGAUCACAUCAAAAUAUCUUCAGCAGCAAACGAAUACAGUCAUCAACGAAGAUACGAUAGCGUUGUUGGAAGGCGCAAAAGCAUUUCUGAACGAUAUCGAACGACAGAUCGGCAAAGAGCAUUUUGAGGAACUCAUUAGCUUCAGGGGAGAGGUCACUUUGGUGUUUGUGAUUGACUCAACAGGAAGCAUGAAAGAAGAUAUAGAGGCAGCCAAAGCCAUUGCUAAGGAAAUCGUCCUGCAGGAUCGCGAAUUUCCUGUCAACUUCAUUCUAUCAACUUUCAGUGAUCCAGAUGUCGCGCCUGUUGUCUACCAUGAUGAAAACAAUGUAAUUAAAGCAAUAACUUCUAUUGGGAACAUCACUGUUGAUGGUGGUGGAGAUUGCCCUGAGAUGGCGUUUGAGGGUCUCCUGCAGGCCCUGUACAACAGUCCAAUGCCUGGUUCUGCCAUGUACGUCUUCACGGAUGCCUUUGCUAAGGAUGAUACACGAGAGAAUAUUGAUACAGUGACCGCUCUAGCCAUAGACUUGGGCGUCUCCGUUUAUUUCUUCACGAGUGGGGACUGCGGUGGACAUAAAUCCAAGAUGUCGAGUUUCAAAACAGUUGCUCAGGCAACUGGUGGACUUAUGUUCCCGUUACACAGCUCUAAAGAAAUCAGAAAGCUUUCAGGAUUCGUCAAACAGAAUUUACAAGGCGGGGCUACAGUGGACUCAAAUACCGUCAACGAAGCAUCGACGAAAUCUUACACCAUCGUUGUUGAUGAUACCAUCAAGACAUUAGUAUUGACUGUUAUCAUGUCCAAAAUGAACACAAAUGUUCGCCUAAUCUCCCCAGAUGGAGUGGAACAGAACGCGACAAACAGACUGGAUUUGAACGUAAUCUUCAACUUGGAGAAUCCCACCCCUGGAAACUGGACGCUACAAGUUCCUUCGUCAGCCGGAGAUAUUGAGUAUCUUGUGAGAACCAUCAGUAAACUAAAUAUUGAUUUCAGCUAUUAUUACUUCAAAUAUAAUCCAAAGAUGGCGAGUCGAAGUCAUGUCCCUGUUGUUCAUCCAUUGUUAGGUGAAGACGCACUGGUCAUGAUAACAAUCUACGAGAUGCAGCAUGUUGAUAACACCUCCCUGAAUCUUAACGUUAUCUACAAGAACGGCACAAAUGGCGGGGCGUUUAAAAUGCACCCAGUUGGUUCCAGCGGAUUCCGUUUCUUUGCAACGAUUAGACUUGACAAAGGUCCUUACAAACUGCAGUUGGUAGGGAGAACAAAAACUGGACACAUGUUUAUAAGACUCUCUCCAGUUUUCGACGAAGCUAAACCUUUCCGUUUAAGAGUGAUUUAUGCCAAAAAAUACACGCUACCCGUCGGAAGAGAGUCGAAGUUAAACCUUGUGAUCGAAAAUCCUUCCGCUGAGGGAUACGAAUUCGAUGUGAAGGAUAGCUUUGGCUACGCAAGAGACGUGACGUCGCGUGUUUCAUACCGCAGACACAUGUCACAACAAAAUUUCCACCUGAGAUUUUCCGUUCCUGCCAAUGCCACGGCAAAUAUCGACAAAACAAAUCGUGUGGUGAUAAAUGCCAUUGGGAUCACAACGAGAGUUACGAGUACUGAAAUUUGUCAUCUUCUUAUAAUACCAAAGGAGGAUUCAAUUUAGCAGUGUUCGAAGUGAACUGUACUAUUUUGCUAAGAUAUAUUCAUGAGUACAUUAUAUGCCCUUAUAUAGUUAUUAUAUAGAUAUAGAACUAACAGCAUUCUAUGUAUUUGGUUAAUGCAUUAUUCUUGGCAAAAAACAUAAAAAUCAUAGCUUUAUUAAUAAGUAAUAAAAUACACAGUUUCUGAUAGCCAUUUGUUUUUAAGAUUGAACAAAAAUAUAUUACAUGAUUGCCCCGGGAAUAGUAGCGAAGCAAGUAUACUUCUUUCAACGGGGUAAAACCACGGUAGUCAUGCAUGCAUGUCCUAGGAUUCCGAAAGACCUUAGGAUAAUGAUAUUGUUUGAUGUUGUACAGCCGUAAAAGACAAUGUAAUAUAAUGGCUGCAAUCAAAUGAAAAUAUAUAGAAAUCUUAAAGAAAGAAAU